AUUCGCUUCGAAUGGCAACGGUUGCAACUAUUUUGGUUUCGUUCUUUCUCGAUCUUAUUUUUAUAUAUAGAACCCCGCAGGUUGAGUUUUCUCACUCAGAGUGCUUGGUUUUUCCGCUAGCCAUCUGUAUCCAUCUGUAUCUGUAUUUAUAUCUGUGUGUGUACGAGAACUAUCGAGAAGUUUCUGGCGACCCAAAUUUAAUAAUUGUGUAACCAUGACGAAUACCAUCAGCAGCGAGGAAGCAUCCGAUGCCGGCAUCUACAAAGAUAAGGGAAACGAGGCCUUCAAGGCCUCGCGCUGGGAGGAGGCUGUGCUGCACUAUGGCAGUGCCAUUAAGGUGGGCUCCAAGCACAAGGAGCUGCCGGUGUUCUACAAGAAUCGUGCCGCUGCCUAUUUGAAGCUGGAAAAGUAUGAAAACGCCGUGGAGGACUGCUCGGAAUCGUUGAAAGCGGCUCCUGGAGACCCCAAAGCUCUAUUCCGCAGGGCGCAAGCCUAUGAGGCUCUGGAAAAGUUUGAGGAGGCCUACAAAGAUGCCACCGCGUUGUUUAAGGCGGACCCCAGCAACAAGACCGUACAGCCCAUGCUUCAGAGACUGCAUAUCAUCGUGGAGGAGCGAGUGGCCCGCAAUGCCAAGACCUCCACCAAAGUCAAGCAGAUGAUGGAUCUCACCUUUGAUUUCGCCACUCCCCUCGACAAGCGACGCUCCGCAGCCAAUAACCUAGUGGUUUUGGCCAAGGAGCAGACGGGCGCCGAGCUCCUCUACAAGGAUCACUGUGUCAAUAAAAUUGCCUCCCUAACCAAGGUGGAAAAGGAUCAGGACAUCUAUGUUAACAUGGUGCGCGUGGUGGCGGCCCUUUGCGAAAACAGCGUGGAGCGAACAAAAGGCGUUCUAACGGAACUGGGUGUACCAUGGUUCAUGAGGGUUCUCGACCAGAAACACGAGGAGUGCGUUUCCACCGCCCAGUUUUGCUUGCAAACAAUUUUAAACGCUUUGUCCGGACUAAAGAACAAAACGGAUUCCAAGCCGGACAAGGAGCUGUGCUCCAAGAACAACCGCGAAAUAGACACACUCCUCACCUGUUUAGUUUAUAGCAUCACAGACCGCACGAUUUCCGGAUCGGCCAGGGAUGCCGUUAUCGAGCUCAUCACCAGAAACGUUCACUACACGGCUCUGGAGUGGGCUGAGCGCCUUGUAGAGAUCAGAGGUCUGUGCCGUCUGUUGGACGUGUGCUCGGAACUGGCAGACUACAAGUACGAGAGUGCCAUGGACAUCACCGGCUCCUCAUCCACGAUUGCUUCCGUUUGUCUGGCCCGCAUCUAUGAGAACAUGUACUACGAUGAGGCUAAGCUCAGAUUUACCGACCAGAUCGACGAGUACAUUAAGGACAAGCUACUGGCGCCCGACAUGGAGUCCAAGGUGCGAGUCACCGUUGCGAUUACUGCUCUGCUGAACGGUCCGUUGGAUGUGGGCAAUCAGGUUGUAGCCAGAGAUGGCAUCCUUCAGAUGAUACUUGCCAUGGCCACCACCGACGAUGAGCUGCAGCAGCGAGUGGCCUGCGAGUGCCUGAUCGCCGCUUCCUCUAAAAAGGACAAGGCCAAGGCUCUGUGCGAGCAGGGUGUUGACAUCCUGAAGAGGCUUUACCACUCUAAGAGCGAUGCGGUUCGAGUGCGCGCCCUGGUGGGCCUUUGCAAACUGGGCAGCUAUGGUGGCCAGGAUGCGGCCAUCCGUCCAUUUGGCGAUGGAGCCGCCCUCAAAUUGGCGGAGGCAUGUCGUCGCUUUCUGAUUAAGCCCGGGAAGGAUAGGGAUAUUCGUCGAUGGGCAGCGGAUGGUUUGGCCUAUUUGACACUCGAUGCUGAGUGUAAGGAAAAGCUAAUUGAGGACAAGGCUUCCAUACAUGCUCUCAGGGAUUUGGCUCGCGCAGGAGAUCAGUCCUGCCUUUAUGGUGUGGUCACCACUUUUGUAAAUCUUUGCAACGCCUAUGAGAAGCAGGAGCUUUUGCCCGAGAUGGUGGAGCUGGCCAAGUUUGCUAAGCAACACAUACCGGAGGAGCACGAGCUGGACGAUGUGGAUUUCAUCAACAAGCGUAUUACAGUGCUGGCCAAUGAGGGCAUAACAACUGCAUUGUGUGCCCUGGCCAAAACGGAGAGCCAUAAUUCGCAGGAGCUGAUUGCCAGAGUCUUGAAUGCAAUUUGUGGGUUAAAGGAGCUACGCGGCAAAGUGGUUCAAGAAGGAGGCACUAAGGCGCUGCUUCGCAUGGCACUGGAAGGCACAGAAAAGGGUAAACGCCAUGCCAGCCAGGCGUUGGCCAGGAUUGGCAUAACCAUCAACCCUGAAGUGGCUUUCAGCGGUCAAAAGUCCCUUGAUGUUAUCCGUCCUUUGUUAAACCUGCUGCAGCAGGACUGCACAGCGCUGGAGAACUUUGAAUCCCUAAUGGCGCUUACUAAUCUGGCCAGCAUGAACGAAAGCGUGCGCCAGAGGAUCAUCAAGGAGCAGGGCGUGUCCAAGAUUGAGUUCUAUCUUAUGGAGGACCAUCUUUACCUCACACGGGCAGCUGCCCAAUGCCUCUGCAAUCUGGUAAUGAGUGAUGAUGUGGUGAAAAUGUUCGAGGGCGGGAACGAUCGGGUAAAGUUUUUGGCACUGCUCUGCGAGGAUGAGGACGAGGAGACGGCCACGGCCUGUGCCGGAGCUCUUGCGAUGCUCACAUCGGUGUCCGUGAAAUGCUGCGAGAAGAUCCUGGGCAUCUCCAGCUGCUUGGACAUCUUGCACACUCUGAUCGCCAAUCCCAGUCCGGCAGUCCAGCAUCGAGGCGUUGUGGUUAUCUUAAACAUGAUCAAUUCUGGCGAGGAAAUUGCCAAGAAGCUAUUCGAGACGGACAUCAUGGAGCUGCUCAGCGGCUUGGGCCAGUUGCCCGACGAAACGCGUGCCAAAGCCCGGGAGGUAGCCAUCCAGUGUCUGGCGGCAGCGGAGCGCUAUCGGCUCAUCGAGCGUUCUGACGAUGCAGAGAUCCCCGACGUGUUCGCUGAGAGUGCCAAAAUAACCGAGAUUAUCGAUGACUGAACGGAUUUCGUUGCGGUCUGACCCUCCUGUGCCUUUUAUUCUUUCCUCAUUUCAUCUUCUCUGCUAUAAUCACCGUGUCAUCCCGAAACUUAAUUUAUUUUCUGCAAUGCAUCAAGUGCCCCCAAAUUGUUUUAUAAAUAAUUUACGAAUUUAUUAGUAAAUUCAAAUUAAAGUCUGUCGUUUUUGAAGAUA